AAAACGCAGCUAUAACCUUAAAUGUAUUUUUAUGAACACGUGUCUAUGAAAUCCAAGGGAAAAUUGUGCGUUUUAAUGAUUUUGUAAAAAAAUGAAUCUGCUGUGUGACGCCCCCAUGUGGCAGCUCAAAGUACGAGCAGACCGGAUAGUUCCAACAUGGCUCCUUAACAACCAGACGCUCCUCCUUGGACACACACAACUGAUGCCAAACAUUGCUGAGCUCAGAUGGGCCAAUUAGUUUGUUUUGGUGCAGAGCUCCGCCGGUGUUGUGUAAUUCCUCCUGGGAAAAGGGUGUUACUUUUAUCUGCCAUGCAAGGUUGAAUUUAACAUAGUUUAGCCUAACACCGCUCUUUAUGUCACUUAAUUUCCGUGAGCUAACAGGUAGAAGUUACUUUACCUUUAAAAGCUAGCAAAGGUAGCAUUAAUGCUAGGGGUUUUUGCGUAAUAGUCCCCGUUAUUAGUUAAGAUACCGCUCAGAAAGCUGUCAUUACUUUUUUUAAUAUAAUUUUUGCGAGACUAUCAAUAGGAUAAUGCACAGAUACGUGUUCUGCGGUAGCAAAUUAACUGUUUAGUUCAGCUGCAGUAUAUUUCAGGGGAAAACAUUAUGAUACAUAGUGAGAAACCAAAACACCGCAGUGAUGAGGAGAUGGUCAAAGAACUGUGCACCGUCAAUGGAGUAUCCUAUGAAAAAAUUGCACAAGAAGGAAGUAACAUCAGCUCCCUGGAGAUCUUCUUCUCUGGUUUUCCCCGCAUGGUUGGCCUUUCCUUCUUCCCGAGGCUCUGCCAGCUCACCAUAGUGGGCCAGGAUAUAAAAUGCAUUGAAGGCCUUGACUGCUGUCCUUUGCUGCGAGAGCUCUGGGUUGUCCAGUGCCAUCUGACUAGAAUAUCUGGGCUACAAAAUUGUCUGCAACUAGAGAAACUCUACCUUUAUGAUAAUGAAAUCUGUGAAAUAGAGAAUUUAGAAUUGCAGACUAACCUAGAAGUCUUGUGGCUCAACAACAACUGCAUAACCCACAUACAGGGUUUGAAUACACUUCAAAAUCUCAAAGAACUAAACCUUGCUGACAACGUUAUUGAAAAGAUUGGUCGUAACCUUGAUGCUAAUGCCAGUCUUGAGAGCCUUAAUCUGUCUGGAAACAAGAUCAGCUCAUUUAAGGAGCUGACCCUGCUUGCCUGUUUACCCAAUUUGAGAGAAUUAGCGCUGAAGGACCCCACCUCAACCCCAAACCCAGUGUGUCUGCUGUGUAACUAUGCCACACACGUUCUUUACCACAUGCCAGGGCUCCAGCAACUUGACAUGUAUGACGUCUCAAACAAGCAAGCAAAGGAAGCAGCUGAGUCCACAGUAAUGAAAAAAAUAAUGUACUACAACAUGUGUGUACGUACUGCUCAGAGGACGCUGGCAGAAGCCAGGUUCAGUCUGACAGAGAAGAAGAAAACUCUGCUCCAAUUACCUGAUGAAUGUAUCAGGACACUCAAUCAUGCCCGGAAAAAUCUUGAACGUGAGCUCUCCAAGGUGCCAGUUGCUUGCAGUUUGGAGGGUGAACUAGGGGAUUCAGCCUACCUGACGGACGGUUCCCCUGACAGAAGUGACCCAACCACUGAUAUCAGUCAUAAUCCUGCCCUGGAGCCCAAAAUACUCAUCAAGAUGGAGGCACUAAUGGAGAGACUGAUGUUAUGGAUCAGGAGGAUGGAUGAGAUUGAAGCCUGCUAUGAGCAAGACUUAGCCAAGAUCACACUCAUGAUGGAACACAGAGUCCAGUUUCUGCUGAUGGAGCUAGAAAGUGUUGGAAAUAUUCGUUUGGAGGAAGGCUGUUCCACAGACCCUUGGUUUACUUCCUGUUGCAACCUCCUGCUUUCCUGCUUUUCUCAGUCAGACUAUAAGAUUUACAGCAUCACUGGCAUUAAGAUAAACAAAGUUGUCCGCAUCCACAACAGUGUGUUAAGGCUUCGCUUUGAAGACAAGCUUCAUAGUUUGCUAGCCAGCGAAGACUCUGUUACCUUUUCACACAGGAAUUACAAACAUCAGCUGGAGUACUUGCUUUAUGCAGCUGACCCUGAAAAAAACUGUGAGAAGGAAAACGUCUUGUGCAUAGUGGAGGAAGGCUUCAACACUGCAGAACAGCAUAAGGAGGGUGCUAUACCUUUAUCCAACAGCCUGAGUGUGACUGAGCAGCCCAGAAUUGAACACGCACUGCACCAGGCCCUUCAAGGCAAGGCCAAGCACAGUAUGGAUGCAGUUCCAUUCAGGCACGGUCAGGUUAUUAUUUCCAAAGUGUUUGUGGGUCACAGCAUGCCCAUCCGAGAGGGAGAACCAGUAGACAGAACCGGCUAUCCCAGAACCUACUCUGUAUAUCGCAGUGUGGACAGUAAGCAUAUAACUGCAAUGAGUGAAGACAGACACCGCGCCUCAAAGGCACACACUGGUCCUAAGUGCAGCCCCAGACAAAGACAAUGGUUUGUGUUUGACCAUGAACUGGUCUUGCCCGAGUACAUCGUAUAUUUUGAAUACAUAACCAGGGACCAAGAACACUCUGCAGUCUCAGGACGUAAUACAGCCAGAAAUGAAACCCCUUCCAAUGAUAUUAUCCUGGACAACGAAGUCCUCAACAUGGAACCUGUGCUGAAACCACAGCCUAAGUUGUUCAGCUUGGAUGAGAAAAUUCUGCUUAAUGUGGCUAGAGCCAGGGUCCUCACUCAGAUCACUGUACUGAACCUUCAUGGCAACAGUCUCAGCAGGAUGCAGGGGAUUUCUCGCCUCACAGCUCUCCGGCAUCUUACCAUCAGCUUCAAUGAAUUCACACACCUUGAUGACAUUGCUCACAUGCCCAACCUUGAGUUUCUGGAUGCAAGCUAUAACCACCUGGUGACCCUAGAAGGGCUGAGGGGGUUGGGACAGCUGAAACAGCUCGAUGUGAGCUGGAACAAGUUGACCAAAGUCAGAGAAGAUACAGCUGUGCUGAGAAAACACACACCUGCUCUACUGAAACUGGACGCUCAAUACAAUCCCUGGAACAAGCCAGAGGAAGUCAGAAUGAUUAUACUGGGCCAUCUAACAACACUCACACACCUGAAUGAUGUGGUGGUGACAGAGGAGGAGGCUGCUAAUGCUGUUCAGAUGGCUGCUGGGUCCAAAAUUAACCAGGCAUCUCUUCUGGCUCACUCACGUACCAACAGUGAUCGUCCCCGCAGUCUCAGCCUGCUGUCCACAGCCCAGCUCCUGUAUCUUCUCUGUCCUGCACCCUGGGGCCUCACCCAAGAGCUGGUGCCAGACUGGACUGCAAAGAUCACUGCCCUGAACCUUGAUGGCCAGAAGAUUUCCAAGCUGAUCAAUCUGAAUAAGCUGGUGAACCUGCGCUGGGCCUCCUUUAAUAACAAUGACAUCUCUAAAGUGGAGGGACUGGACAGCUGUCUGAAGCUGGAGGAGCUUUCCCUCAACAACAACAGCAUCAGCACACUCAGUGGCCUGUCAAAACUGCACCGCCUAAAUAAAUUGAGUGUGGAUGGAAAUCAGCUAUCUAGUCUGGAUGCCUCACUUUUAGACCAUCUGCCAAAUCUGUCCUUUUUAUCAGUGGAGAACAACUGUAUCAGUUCCCUGCAUGGCAUCCAGAGAGCUCACUCCCUUCUUGAACUCUGUGUCGCUAACAACCAGAUUUCUUCAUCACGAGACAUUUACUAUCUAAAGGGAUUGACAAAUCUAAUCAUUCUAGAUCUUUAUGGGAAUCCUUUAAUAGAGAAACUGGAAAACUAUCGGAUAUAUGUGGUGUUCCACCUGCCCUCCCUGAAGGCACUGGAUGGGAUUGCAGUGGAGGCUACUGAGUGUGAAAGUGCAAAGGAUAUGUUUGGAGGAAGACUAACCCCAGACAUGGUAGCGGAAAAGCUGGGCCACUCUAACUACACAGACAUCACCUACCUCACCCUGCAGUCCUGCUCCAUUAGGAUGUUUGAUCUCUCUCCAGCAGAUCUGUUCAGUAGCCUGCGCAGUGUCAACUUAGACCACAACAACCUCACCUCUUUCUCAGGCCUCAUCUACCUGCCCAACAUCAAAGCUCUGUGUCUGAACUACAACCGCAUUGAGUCCAUCCUGCCGAGGCAAAAGACUCAGGUUCAUCUGACAAAUAAACAGAUAUUGCAUAGCAAAGUUCACUCCAGCGGUUAUGGCCAACAGACCACAUCCAAAGGCAACAGGGAAACCGGGCCCACUGGCAGCCUGGAGCCACUGAUGGGGAGCCUGGAGGUGCUGCAUUUGAGUCACAAUGGCAUCUCCAAUAUGGCCAAUCUGCAGCUCAGCAGGCUGACCAAUCUUAAAGCACUUUUCCUUCUAGAUAAUGAGAUCAGCCAGGUGGAAGGAUUGGAGGGGCUUCACCAGCUCAGGGAGCUUGUGUUAGACAGAAAUCGGAUCAAAGCUCUGGCCGAGAACUCUUUCAUAGCCCAAAAUGCCCUGCUAGAGCUGCACCUAGCAGAGAACCGGAUCCGGGAGCUCAACCAUCUGAAUCCUCUGAUUGAGCUUCGUAAGCUCUUUCUUGACUUGAACAAGCUGCAGGACGUCACAGAGCUUGACAAACUAGAAGUUCUUCCUUCACUGACAGACCUCUCUGUUGUUGGCAAUCCUGUGGCCCAAAAGUCUCUCCACAGACCAGCAGUAGUACUCCGUCUUUCCCGCUUACAGGUCUUGGAUGGAGUGAUGGUCACUCUGGAGGAAAGGACCAGGGCUGAACUCUUCAGUACUGUUCCAUCACCUUCCACCCAAUGCUCUGGAGCUUCUUUUCCUACUACUGAAAUAAACCUACCUGGACUGCUACCCCUCAUGCCUCGAUACACCCCUCUAAGAGCAAUGAGUAUAAGUGGAGGACUACAGAACUCACAUGGGCACAAUAUUCUGUCAAGUAACACGGAUGAAGCCCAGUCUCAUUACACAUACAAGUUAUCAGAUAGGAAGCACAAACACAGUAAGGCUCCUCAAAGCAGCCAAACUGACAUUACCUUCAGACACAUCCGAAGAACAGGAAGCAACCUGCCAACCACAGGUCUCCAGUCUGACAGGAACAGAGUCUUUGUCACGUAUCCCCACCAGGAGCAAGGCAGAUAGAGAUAUAAUUAUUUUUCUUUCAAAUGUGAGUCAUCUGACAAAACUGUGACUGUCUCAUACUUAUUUCAUGUGUAUAAUAUGUUCCAGCGUUCUAAAUGGUGGCAAACCUCCACCCAUGUAGCAGCCAGAGUGGUUACUCUUGUGGUGUGGAGAUCUACUGUAGUAUUGAUGCACCCUGGUGCAGCAUGCAGGACAUUAAAGUAUAUCUUUAUGGUUGUUUAUGGUGUUUUUGUAAGUUUGCUUUAUUGUCUGAGAGCAAUUGCAUACUGUUGAAUAUUCAGUGAAUACGAUGUGAUUGACACUGAACAAUUUAAAUGCCCUCUGCAAAAAAAAAAAUCUUUCUAUAAACUUUAGAAUUUUUUUUCUUCAGUUUACAUUUUCAAUAAAUAUUCUUUGCCGCUAAUUAAAAUUAUUAUUAAAGCUGCAUCUUUUUGAAACACAUUUAUAUUAAAUGAUUUGAUUCCCUAUCCACAUAUGUGGAUCAGUAAUCAUGAGUGGUUUUGGUGUCAUUUAUACUCCUAUCCCAUCCUUGGCCCUAAACAAGUGUAAAACACUCACAGAUGUAAGGACGUGCUAGGCCGGCAUGCUGCGCCCAUCAGGUCAAACACAUCCCCAACAAGUUGAUAAUCCAGCUUUAGCACACCUCUCCGUGGACAGUAAUCUGCAGUCACUCAGAUAAAGCUGUAAUCUUGCAUGAGAUCCAAAUGGAUUUCAGAGAUCGUCAGUUUCAUCACGUUAGCCUCUUUUUGAAAAGCUCUCCACAGUUUCAUCUAGGCAAAAGACAAAUUUUGUGUUGUAACUGGAAACAAACUUAUUCCACUUGACAUUUACAAUGAUAGUUCUGCUGAACAUGAGAAUAGAAUCCUCCCUGUCCUCCUGUCAGUUUAGCCUUGUAGACAUAUAGUUACAGUUACUCGAAGCUGAGCCUUAGAUGUGAAAGGUACAGCCUGUGAUCUAAAGCCUUGUCAUUCUGGGACCUCUAAACUCAUAACUCAAUUUAAAAAGAUUUAGAUAGGACAUGUAUUCCCAUCCAUCACUUUAGGCAUAAAUAUUACUGUGGAGUAAAAGAUACAGACUGAUGUAUGAGCGAACAUCUUGACCUGUGCCAGUUUAUGACAUGUAUUCCUUAAAAAAGAUUGAAUAUAACCAAGUUGGGACUGAGUUUUGGAGAAGAUAUGGCCUUUGUUCUUAGUUGUAAAUAAAACAGUGGCUAAGGAAAAUAUACCAAAAGCAACCUUUUAGAUCUUCCUUCAGCAGCCUCAGCUAUUAUGCAUUAGUAGGGUUAGUGUGACCACUAGGUGUCCUGAGAACUCCAUGCCCUCUCCCUUUAGGGCACCACUAAUCAGUUCUCAGUUAAUUUACCUCCUGUCUUGUAUUGUAGGUAGUAAUUCACCAGUUGAAGGGGAUAUAUGUGUAUACUUCAAAUUUCCUGCCUGUCUAGCCUUUGCUAAACAUACAAGGCCAGCUAGCUCUAGGCAGCAAAAAUUAAAAGCUCUCCCCAAACAAUCUCCUCUAAUGCAUGUACUUAACUGGACUUAAUUUGUGUUAAUUCCCAGCAUUAAGCAUGGCUAAUAACUGUGCAAGUGAGUGCACUGUCAUUACCUUGCUCUCCCUGACUACAAAUGGCAGCUGAUGGACUCAUGCUGAAAAAACUCUAAUGCACAGAUUUGGAGGUCUCAGUAAGAGUGCUGUAAUGCAUUAGGUAUUACACAGGAUAAUUACACAUUC